AUGCAGCCAGCUUAUCAACAACGCCACCAAGCUCCACCUCCCCACUUUCACUUCCAGCAAGGUUCUCCUGCGCCCCCGAGCCUACAUGUACCCACUACCGUCCCACCUUACGUUGGGCUGUCUGCUUCUCAUAACUAUAUGCAUGGGCCUCCUGCUUCAUCGUCUACAGUUCCUCUUAAUUCUUCUAUGCAAAGUCCAUCUAGUUUGGUGCAAAAUGCUGGUCAAUCUUAUGUGGUUCCUCGACCUCUGUUGCAUGGGAACAGCUUGAUGCCUCAAACAUUCUCUAGUUUUGGCCAGAACUCACAGCAUUCCCCAAAUUUGGGGGUCCACACUCAUCAUAUUUCCCCACCAGUUCCACCUCCUCUUUCCAACCCUCGCCGUGAAACAUCUUGGGCUCCAGGGUCAUCACCUAGAGUUUUGCCUCUGCCCCCUCCUCCGCCUCCCUCAUCUCAUUCACAAGGACAAUCUAUGUAUCGACAUCCUGUUCCACCAUGCCCACCUCCGCCAGGUGAUGUACAGAGCCUUCAGCAUAUCCCUCCACCCCCGCCAGCCCCUUCUACUUCUGGUUUUCAUGCUUCUACUCCAGAUGAAGUUUAUCUUCACUCAUCUGUUGGGAAUUGCCAAGUACUUUCCUGCAGUCACCCACCAUUGCCAUCUUCUCCGCCCCCAUUUCUGCCAUCUCCACCGCCUUCUAACUCUCCCAUGACCUCUGCAUCUGACCUGGCUGUCUCUAAUUUGUCCUUUGACUUGCACUCUGAUCCCAAGUCUUGUAGUAAGCUUCAUAGUUCUGAAUUGAGGGCCGUAGAUCCUGUUGAUGAUGUAGUAGCUUCUGAUUUGUCUGGAAUUGCACCUUUUCCUAAGGAGGUGGAAGUAGUAAAGAGGCAGCUUUUGCUGAUAGAGAUGGGCUGCCAUCAACUAGAAAUGCAAUUUCAGAUCUUCCUCCACCUCCUUGCCGUCCAACAGAAGAUAAAACUGUGA